UAUUUGAAGUUUAUUUGAAGUUUAGCGCUUUAGCUAGUUAGGCGCUAAAACCCAGAGACGGAAAUGACGUGAGGAUUUCGCUCUUGUUGUUCCGGCCGCUGGUUUUUAAACGUUCACAGUUCACGUCAAACAGCUUCAUUAAUUUAACAGCUUCAUUAAUUUAACAGCUUCAUUAAUUUAACUUAAUUUAAAUACAGACGCGGGUUUAUAAUUCAUGACGUCAGUUUGUCGGUGAUAAGAGAAGAAGUCACCGAGAGAGAGCUGCCGUUAACAAGCUAGGUGACGUUAGACUGUCUGUGUGUCUGUCUGUCUGUCUGUCUGUCUGUCUGUCUGUCUGCCUGUCUGUCUGCCUCUCUGUCUGUCUGUCUCUCUGUCUGCCUGUCUGUCUGCCUCUCUGUCUGCCUGUCUGUCUGCUGACCCUGUUCGACAUGUUAGCAUCAAGCGUCUGGAGGCAGUGAUGAAUUCUGGGAGGAGAGAGGUCAAAGUGAAGAGAGUUUCGUCCAGGAAGAGGUCACGAGAGACUCACCUGCAGACUCACCUGCAGACUCACCUGCAGACUCACCUGACACCUGCCAGGAAGCGAGCAGGAGGAGACACCUGUCCACAGCAAUGUGCCAGCAGCUGGAGGCUGAGGAGCAUCAUGACUGACAGCCGAGCUGCUGAUCCAUCCUUCUGCAGCGACAGCGAGGACCUCUUUGGAGACUACGACAGCAUCCUGGACGACAGCUCCGUCCUGGCGAAGCUGGACGAUGCAGAGCACGACGAACGGCGGCGUGACGCCUCGGAUCAGCCGGACUUCACGAGUCUGCGGACGCCGAAAAGCGCCCGUGAGGACGUCCUCACAGACUCCAUCCUGGACGUCCUGGAUGACGAGCCCUUCGAGGACUUACCGCCCAGCCAGCUUCAGUUUCAGGAAGAAGUCUGCGAGAAGGCGAAGCGGAGCAGGCGGCUGGACGGAGAGAAAACCUCGACGCCUCUGAGGGACGCCGUCAGGAGCGCCGAGGCUGGAACGGGAAGAAACACGGAGGUCAGAGCGGCGAAGGCGAGGAGGAGCGUGACGGAGCAGCUGAAGAGGACGCUGGUCUGUAACGCAGCAGCUCCAUCCGGCGUUUCACGGAGCGUCGUGUUGAAAGAAGCCGUGCUGUCUGAGGAGAUGAGCGUCGCCAUGGAAACCGUCUCUGCAGAGAGCACCGACCUCGGGCCUUUCUUCGGACUGCCCAGCAAAGUGAAAGAUCUGAUGCUGAAGCUGAGAGGAAUCAGGAGUUUAUACGACUGGCAGGAGACGUGUCUGAACCUGGACUGUGUGCGGGACAGGAAGAAUCUGAUCUACUCUCUGCCCACCAGCGGCGGCAAAACUCUGGUCGCGGAGAUCCUCGUCCUCAGAGAGCUGCUGUGCAGGAAGAAAGACUGUCUGUUCGUCUUACCGUACAUAUCGCUGGUGCAGGAGAAGGUUCGCGGACUGGCGAGCUUUGGUCUGGAGCUGGACUUCAUGGUGGAGGAGUACGCUGGCAGUAAAGGAAAGUUUCCUCCAGUGAAGAGAAGAAACAAAGCCUCGCUUUACAUCGCCACGAUCGAGAAAGCCCACAGCCUCGUCAACUCUCUGAUCGAGGCCGGCAGGGUGGAUAACCUCGGCCUGGUGGUGGUGGAUGAGCUUCACAUGCUGGGUGACGGCAGCAGAGGAGCUGUGAUCGAGAUGACGCUGGCCAAAGUUCUCUACACGAGCAAAACCACGCAGGUGAUCGGGAUGAGCGCCACGCUGGGAAACAUCCGAGACCUGCAGACGUUUCUGAGGGCGGAAAACUACAGCGACGACUUCAGACCUGUCCAGCUGAAGGAGUAUGUUAAACUGAAGGACACGAUCUAUGAAGUGGACCCAAAGGAGGAGGACUGCCUCAGAUUCUCACGUCUUCUCAACUUUAAAUACUCCAGUUCCAUGCAGAAGAUCGACCCGGAUCACAUCAUCGCUCUGGUGACUGAAGUCAUUCCAACACACUCGUGUCUCGUCUUCUGCCCGACCAAGAAGAACUGCGAGAACGUCGCCGGGAUGAUCUGCAAGUAUCUGAAGGAGGACUUCCUCCGUCACCGUGAGGUGGAGAAAGGCGUCCUCCUCAGAGAGCUGAAGGACAGCGGGAACGGCUCGGUGUGUCCGGUGCUCCGGAGGACGGUGCCGUACGGUUUGGCGUAUCACCACAGCGGGCUGACCUCGGAGGAGAGGAAGCUGGUGGAGGAGGCCUACUCCAGCGGGGUCCUCUGCCUCCUCGCCUGCACCUCCACCCUGGCUGCAGGCAUCAACCUGCCCGCCCGAAGAGUGAUCCUGCGCUCGCCGUACGUCGCCACAGACUUCCUGAAGAGGAGCCAGUACAAGCAGAUGGUGGGCCGGGCCGGCCGGGCCGGGAUCGACACCACGGGAGAGAGCAUCCUGAUCCUGCAGGACAAGGACAGGAAGAUGACUCUCCUCUCGCUCCGAGGAGACGUGCUCAGUCAGCUGCUGCUGGACGGAGGGAAAGGCCUCCUGAGUCUGAUCCUGUCACUCAUCGGAUUAAAGAUCACCACGUCGUCGGAGCAGCUGAGAGACUUCCUGUGUGGGACGCUGCUGUACGUCCAGCAGAGACAGCUGUGUGUGGACACGAGUCUGUGGGAGCUUGUUCAGCGCUGUGUGGACGUCCUGAAGGACAAAGACCUGGUCACGGAGACGGCAGACGCUCACAGUCAGACGCUGAACGUCACCAAGCUCGGGAAGGCGACGUACAAAGGCUCCGUGGAUCUGAGCUUCAGCGCCGCGCUCUACAAAGACCUGUCCAGCGGUCUGGAGGCUCUGAUGCUCAACAGCUUCCUUCACCUGGUCUACCUGGUCACGCCGUACGACAUGGUGUCACAGUGCAAGCCCGACUGGAUGACGUUCUUCAGACAGUUUACUCUGCUGUCAGACGCCGAGCAGAAGAUGUCUGCAGCCGUCGGCGUGCCCGAGAGCUUCGUUGCUCGGAAAGCUGCUGGACAGACGGUGAAGAAGAGCGUGGACAUGCAGGUGGUGAGGAGGAUGUAUCUGGCUCUCGUGUUGUUCACUCUGCUGAAGGAGACGAACCUGUGGAGCGUCGCCGACCGGUUCCAGCUGAGUCGAGGCUUCGUGCAGACGCUGCUCAGCUCCUCGUCGGCCUUCUGCUCCUGCGUGCUGCACUUCACAGAGGAGCUGGAGGAGUUCUGGCCGUUCAAAGCGCUGCUGACGGAGCUGACGAGGCGGCUGAGCUACUGCGUGAAGGCCGAGCUCAUCCCACUGAUGGAGGUGGCAGGAGUCAUGGAGUUUCGAGCGAAGCAGCUGUACGACGCCGGCUACAAAACGCUGACUCACCUGGCGAACGCUGACCCAGCGAUUCUCUCCAAGACCAUAGACAACCUGUUCAACAAACAAGCCAAUCAGAUCGUAGCUUCUGCUAAGAUGCUGGUGAAAGAAAAGGCCGCCGCUCUUCAGGAGGAAGUGGACGAUCUGCUGAUGACACCGUCAGACCUGCCGUCAGAAACACGACGACUUUAACGAAGCGGAGGAGUUUUAUUCUCUGAGAAACUUUUUAUUGUUUUGUUAUUAAAAUGAUGUAAACAAA